AUGGAAAAGCAGUGCUGUAAAAUCCCCUGGAUCCCUGUGCACCUGGAUCCAGGUGGGACAUCAGGCCUGUUCCUCCCUGUCUCCCGGGUUAUCCCAUUGAUUCGAGUCCUGGAUUUUCUUUCCAGGACUCCCCUCAUGAUGGCUUGCACCAGGAAAAACCUGGAGGUGAUCAGAUCCCUGGUGGAGCACGGAGCCAACCCGCUGCUGAGGAAUAAGGAUGGCUGGAAUUGCUUCCACAUUGCCAGCAGGGAGGGGCAUCCCGAGGUGCUCCGGUACCUCCUGGAUGUGUCCCCAGGGAUCUGGGACACGGAGAGCACCAUCAGGAGGACACCCCUGCACACGGCAGCCAUGCACGGCUGUUCCCGGGUCGUGGAGCUGCUCCUGGAGCGGUGCCACUACCGACCUGACAGCAGGGACAAGUGUGGAGUCACUCCCUUCAUGGAUGCAAUCCAGAACGGGCACCUCGACAUCGCCCGGAUGCUCCUGGAAAAACACCAGGCCUGUCCCACAGCCAUGGAUGCCCUGGGAGCUCAGGCCCUGCACAGGGCAGCUGUGACAGCCCAGGAUGGAUCCAUCCAGUUCCUGGUGUCCGAGCUGGGGGUGGAUGUCAAUGGAAGAGCCACUUCCCUGCGGAUCCCGGCCCUGCACUACGCGGCCAAGGAAGGACACGGACACACCAUCCUGACGCUGCUGUCCCUCGGCGCCGAUCUCCAGGCUCAGGACGGGAAGAGCCGUUCCGCCCUGCACGCGGCCGUGGCCGGGCAGCAGGCGGAGGCCACGCGGAUCCUGCUCCGUGCCGGGCUCCGGGACGCUCCGGAUGGCUCGGGAACGCUGGCCCAGCAGCUCGCCAGGAAGCCGGAGGUCAUCCAGGUGUUCCAGGAAUCCCAGGUCACCACGUGAGACACGAGGAACGGGAGGAGCCCGGUGGAUUUUCGGCCGGCGCGGUACGUCGGUGGUCGUGGAACAGCGUUCGGAUUUAGGGAAAUAUCGGUUUAAAAUGGUGGGAUUCUCACCCAAAAUUGAGGGGAGGAGCCAAGCUUGGCACUUGGGAAUGUAAUAAAUGUAAUAUUAAAU